UUCAUCUGGGCUUUUCAGGGAUAAAACACACACAUUUCUGCACUCGAACAUGAGAAACUAGUUAAGACAAGUAAUUUGAGAUAACGGCAAUUCAAAACAAGUCUUCGAUAGAGAGGGAGAGUGUGGGGGAAAAAAGACACAUCACGCAGAUCUUUCAGCAUUCCGCAGCAUUCCCAGCAGGGAGACGAGGAGAAAAAAGGGUCCAGAAGACAUCUGGACAAGAAAGGGGGAGGAUCGGACGGGCGGCAAGAGUUCGGGAAGAAAGGAGGACCAGAAUAGGACAACAUUUGUGAUAAAGUUAGAAGAGGAACUAUUUCAAGAACAUUUUGUGCAUGUAUGUGAUGGCCUUGGAGGUCAACCUUCCAGCCUUACGAGCAUCUGCAGCCCCUGACUCUGAGGAAGAGGGCUAAAGACUCCAAUCGGUCCCAAAAACAUCCUCAAAACACAAGAAUGAGUGGCGAUGUCCUCUAGCUAAACUUUCACUGUGCGACUGUGUGCGUUUACCCACGGGAGUGGACUUUUGUUGGAGUUUUCAUCCGCUCCGGCGGGCAAGGGGGAACUGUGAGUGGACCAGCCAGGGAGCAGAGGGUACGGGGGGGCGUAUGGCCGUGCGCAGGCUGGUGGCGGUGGCGGCGGCAGUGGCCCUGCUUUCUCUGGUGCUCAAUAACGUGGCCACGUUUAGUUCCAACUGGGUGCUACAAGUGCUGGAGGACGGGCGGCGGCGAAGUGUCGGGCUUUGGAGAGUGUGUCCGCACGAGGAUACACACACUCACACACCCGCACCCUGUCAUAGGCUCAGCUGGGGAUCGGAUCUCGCAGGGUCACAGGAAUCACGCAGCACUGUCAAACUUCAGUUUGAUAUGAUGCGUGCAUGUAACCUGAUGGCUACGGUGGCUUUGACGGUGGGUCAACUGAUCUUCCUGUUUGGGUUACUGGAGAUAAGUCACAUUAGCCAGGACUCUCAGUGGUGGGAAGAGGCCAUCGCUGCCCUGUUCCAGUUGGCCAGUUUUGUUCUGGUGAUCGGACUUGUGACGUUCUACAGGAUCGGUCCCAACACUCACUUGUCCUUCUCAUGCUACAUCAACAUCACUGCAUGCCUGUUUGCAACGCUAGCAGCUGCCAUGCUAAUCUGGAAUAUUCUGCAUCGUCGCGACGACUGUUUGUCGCCAUCUGUCAUUGUCAUCAGUCGAUCAUUGACCACGCCCUUCCGACCACGCCUUGAUAAUGACUAUGUGGAGUCACCGUGCUGACACGCAAAGACAUCUUAUCCAUUUGAGACAAAACGACGUGAUGGAUAUUUACACCAGAGGGAUACAAACGCAUGGGAACAGGAUUUCUAUAUUUUUAUACGAAACGGAUCUCCUUGUACUUCAUGCUAAAGAGUGAUCAUGUGACUGCGAAAGUGACGGAAAUGAUCUUCGUACUAAAUGGAAUAUUUACGAGACUUGGAAGUAGAACUGCGGAUGUCACGGUAAAGAUUCAUGAGACAUAAAUCUAACAGCAGAAAGAGAUCAAGCUGGAUCUUGACACAUUUAUGGUCAUAAAUGCACUUAUGAAAAAGUAGAAGCACAUUUAUAUGCACAUGUAUCUAAUAUAGUUUUACGAAACAUAAAGCAGCAAUUUUAGAUUUUAAAAAUGUUAAUGAAUAACUACAAUGAAUAAUGGUCUCAAGGUCAAUUAAAUAAAGUAAUUUACAGACCAACAUGGAAUCUGCACACUUUAAUUUUUCGGUAACACUUUACAAUAAGGUUGUAUUCAUUAACGCUGUAAAGCCUGACAUAUGAAAGAAUUGUCAGAAAAUACAGUUUUUUUGUACCAUUGGACAAGCUAUAAAAAGACAUCAUAAAACACAUUUUCUUUUUGUUUUAUGUAUCAUAUUUGAUACAUUAAGCUUUAAAGGUCAUUUUCCUCCUGAGGCCCAGCCAUUCAUUUUUGUGUAGGACAUUUGUUAAGUUUAUCUUAGCCCAUACAUAAUACAGUGGUUUGUAUCUCCUUUGUCUAUAAAUAUGGACUGAAAUGUAUCACAGUCCAAUUCAGCACAUCAAAUACAAUAAGAAUAAUAAAAAAAAAAAAAUUCAAUAAACAAUUUUUAUCAUAUGUAUUUCAUGCACCAACCACAAAAUUGAAAUUUAAAAAAUAAAAAUAAAAAAAAAAUUUCACUGGGUCUCAGGAACUUGGUAGGAUGACAACAUAAUAGCUUGUCAUGUAAAAGAAUGAGAUCUUUAAAAUGCCAGAGCAGGCUGCAUAUAUAAAAAUAAACAGAAAUGUUAGUUCACAUUUUGAAAAUUCUGACAUAAUUUUUGUAAUAUAUUUUUAAAGCUAUGUGAUUUUUAUUUUGUUUUGUUUUUGUGGUGGGCGUGAUUGUAAUGUAACGGUGAUUGAGAGAUAUACCUCAAAACCCCUUUGAAUCAUAUUUGAUACAUGGAUUUCAAUGGGCUUUUUCAAUAAAAUGAUAUUUAAAAUUUGAACCGAGCACAAGUUGCUUAUAUUCAGCAAAUAAUUACACUUAUUUUAAUAUAUCAGUAUCAAUAUAAUCAUUACUAUCACUUUUACUUUAUUAAAAUCAGCAAAAAUUUCACUUUUCAAAAAAACGAGUGCAUUCAAUACAGAAGCGGAAAUCUUUGGAAGAAUGUUUACAAAUAUUUUUCCAUCAAGAAAUGCCUGGAAACAGCCACAACAGGAUGUACUGCAAAAUUUUGAUUAUGUUAAUGAUGCACAGGCUUUAGAAAAUAGCGUAUCAAAUUUGAAACAGGCAGCGUUAUAGGGUUAACAUCAGUUUAUGCAUUGGCUAUCAUGAACUAACAAUGAUUAUCAUUUUUUACAGCAGCUUGGUACAUGUAAAUUUAAAAAUAUACUAUUGUUUAUUGUUAUUUCAUGUUGCAUAACAAAUGCAACUUUUUCUGUACAAUAUGUUUUAGUAUAUGUAGAAAUUAAUAUUUACCAAGAUUAAUAAAUGCUGUAAAUCUAUUAUUCAUUCUUAGUUCAUGUUAACUUUUGUUUUAACUACUGUUAACAAAUACAACCUCAUUGUGAAGUGUUACCAUUUUGUUUUUUGAUGAUUGUGAGGAAUAUGUGGAAUUCUGCCAAAUGGAUUUAAAUGGGUAAAUCUCAUGAAAACAAAAUAAAAUGAAAAAAUAAGUAUUUACACUGUUAGAUUUUUUUCCAUUGUGACAUUAGUUUUUUAUGUUUACCACACUUUUUAUGAAAUUAAUUGAUAAAUAAAUAUUAUUCAUGCCACAAUUUUUCACUUCCUAAAACUUUUAAGCAUACAGUACUGUAUGUUCUUAACAGUUUUCAUGAGAUUCACCUACAUAUUUAAUAAAUAGAUAAUUAAUAAAAUGUGUAAUUGAUUAAUAUGUGAAGAGACGAGAUGAGUAGAAUGACAGGUGUUCCAGUUUUGUGUAAACGUGGAGAUUCCAUGCAGGCCUGGUCAUUUGGUACCAAAAAUUAUUUGAAUGGCUUCUGGCUGCUCAUUACGGAAGACCUGUACCGCAAUGUAAAAAAAAAAAAAAAAAAUAUGCUAUUAUUUCGAGAUUAAAGUCGAAAUGUUUCGAGAAUAAAGUCGAAGCUUUUCGAGAUUAAAGUCGAAAUGUUUCGAGAAUAAAGUCGUAACAUAUAUUCUUAGUGAAGUCAAACUGCUUCUGACAUGGAUCUAAACAUAAUAGUAGCUUUUUAAUUUUAUCUGGGCUUUCAACAAAAGGAAAUUCUACAGGUGCUAAUCUACCAACAUGGCAUUACCAUUUGUCUUAGGACGUUACAAAACAUACUGCGCCGGAAUAGACUUUACAGGCGAAAACACUUUUCAGACUGGAUGGAGGUAGCCAGCUUUAUAUCUGAGGAAAUCACGGGAUCCGGCCAAAUGAUUGGAUACAGAAUGAUGCACUUAAAAUGUAUCCAGAAUGGAUUUACGGUGAAGAGGGAAACAGUGCGGUUACUAUUGAGUGUUCUCGACCCAGAUGGCGUCAAGUCAAGCUAUAUUAAGAUCCCUUAUGGGCAAUUUGGGUGCAGCACAGAUAAACAGACACAAACUGACACAUACAAUACAUCAUAAUAGCAAUAGCAAUACACAUUAAGGAUUUCAAAUACAAUAAAUACAUAAAAUAUAGAAUAAAAAAAUAUAAAAACCCUUAAUAAAUACCUUUAAGACUUAUUUAGUAGUCUAAUUGCACUCGGAACAAAGGAGAAUUUAUAUCGAUUAUUUUUAAUCUUUGGUAAUCGAUAACGACGACCUGAGGGCAGCAUGGAGAACUCUGGGUAUAAGAAGUGUUCACUGUCUAAAAUCACAGAGUGUGCUCGACUCAAAACAUUUCUGUUGAACAGACCUGUCAAGCAUCUUUGCUCUUUGCCUAUGAUCUUCCCACUGUUUCUGACUAAUUUAUUUAGUGCAUUUUUGUAUUUCACACUAAGAUUUCCAAACCAGCAGCUAAUGGAAAAGGACAACACUGGCUCUAUAUAAGACUUAUAGAACAGUUCCAUCAGUGUCUUGUCUAUAUUAAAUGAUCUCAAUUUUCUAAGACAAUAAAGGCACUGCUGUCCCUUUUUACACAGGGCCUCUGUGUUCAAGUCAAACCGCAAUCUUGCGUAUAGACGAGCACGAAGACUCCGCCGGAGGAGGUACCACAAUCCUGGUCCAAACUUUAUGUGGCACGUUGACUCGUAUGACAAGCUUAAACCGUACGGCCUCUGCAUUAAUGGAUGUGUUGAUGGAUUCUCACGUAAUGUGAUGUGGUUGAAAGUGUAUUUCACCAAUAAUGACCCGAAAGUCAUUGCAACAUAUUUCAUUGAGACAGUAAAGAAUAGAGAUGGUUGUCCUAGAAGAAUCCGUGCCGAUCGUGGGACUGAAAACGUUGCUAUGGAGCAGAUGCAAAUCGUUCUUCGAAGAAAUGCUACUGAUGAAUUUGCUUUUAACCGGAGUUUCUUAUACGGUUCAAGCAAUCAUAAUCAAAGAAUCGAAAACGUUUGGAGCAUACUUCGGAAAGAGAAUAUUCAGAAUAUAUGUUACGACUUUAUUCUCGAAACAUUUCGACUUUAAUCUCGAAAAGCUUCGACUUUAUUCUCGAAACAUUUCGACUUUAAUCUCGAAAAGCUUCGACUUUAAUCUCGAAACAUUUCGACUUUAAUCUUGAAAUAAUAGCAUUUUUUUUUUUUUUUUUUUACAUUGCGGUACAGGUCUUCUGUAGCUCAUUCAUCUCCAUUCACAUAUGACAAUUCAUCUGAUGUUAUUAUAUUUCAACAUUAGGCUAUAACUUGCAAGCUGCCAUUGUGGCUAAUAAUGUCAUCAAAGGAGAUGAUCUGAAAUUGCUCACAACUUUAUCAAAGACAAACAUAUGAAAUGUUGGAACGAUGUUAGAUAUUCAGUAUACAAUAGACACAACAUGUGCUAACCCGUGCCUGUGGUACCUUUAUAUAUAAUAUAUUAGUUUAUAAUACAGAGCUAUCCUGAGUAUGUUAUUAAAAUCACAUUUCACUGUGGGCAGGGCUGAUGUAAGUGUAAUAUUAAAUAAAAACGUAAACCUAUUUAACUCAUAUA